CGGAAGAAGGGAAGGGACCUCUGUUAUUGUAAAAGUUGUAUUUUUAUGGACGUUACGUGUGUAGCUCUAAAGAAGAAACAAAACAAUAUUAAUUCAAUCACACAUGAUGAUGUAAACAAGUAAACAUUCACACUGGCAUAUUAUUUUGUGCGCAAAUUCAGGACUGCAUGAGAUUCAAAUCUUGACGGUGCCUUCGUCAACAUUGGUCUCUUCUCUGAACUUGUCUGAAGUAGGAAAGGUGGACAAAUUCUAAUAUCUAGAUCUAACCAUUCCUUUCUGAGGUCCCAACCGAAGGCGAAGAUUCUGAUGUAUGUGAAUAAUAAACAUGGCAAAGAGUGGCAAAACAAUACAGAAAGUGGAUACUGUUGUGAAUGCAGAUUCUGUAGAAUGGUGCCCAUAUCAUGACAACCAACACAUACUCCUUUGUGGUACAUACAAGCUUCAAGAAUCACAGUCAUCACUGCUGGAAGCAGAGUCAGAACCGCCAAGCCCUGCACAAGUGGACAAGGAUGUGGAAAAUGUCUCAAGAGAUCCUGAAGUGCAAGUUAGGGUUGGGGGUGUGACGGUCUAUUCUCUGAACUUUGAAGGCAAUACUCCUGAGCUACGAGAAACUUCCAGUGCAGCACUCUGUGGAAUACUGGACAUAAAAUGGCUGAACGAAGAAGUGGAAGACAAAGCGUUGUUUGGCCUAGUGGAUGCUGAGGGAUAUUUCCAGCUAUUACAACUAGACCAAGAGAGCAAAAGGCCGUCAUCUAUCACCAAAGAGCAAUUGUCUGACUCAUCUCUUGGUCUGUCAUUAGGCUGGUCGCCUGCUUGCAGUGGUGGCACAUCUCGAGUAGCUGCAUCUGACUCUGCAGGAUGUCUCACUGUAUUUGAUGUGGACAGCAAAGUGAACACUAUUUCAUCAUGGCAGGCGCAUGGCUAUGAGGCCUGGAUCACAGCAUUCCACAAGACAGACAAAAACAUACUGUAUUCUGGGGGAGAUGACUGCCGCCUAAAGCGUUGGGAUUUGAGAGAUACCACACAGCCCACUUUUACAAGCCGCAGGCACCAGAUGGGCGUAUGCAGCAUUCAAAGUCACCCAUUCAAAGACUAUAUAUUUGCAACUGGAAGUUACGAUGAAGAGCUUAUUAUUUGGGAUGACCGGCAACUUAAGAAGCCCCUGUCAUAUGCAGCACUUGGCGGAGGUGUGUGGAGGAUCAAGUGGGAUCCUUUUCAAGGAGAUUUCAUCCUAACAGCCACUAUGUACAAUGGCACUCACAUCAUCGACUGCACAGAUUUAGGACAAACACCAUUGCCUGUUGUGGCAAAGUAUGAUGACCAUAAUUUGGCCUAUGGAGCAGACUGGUGCAGACUUUCCGAAAAUGGAACUCAAAGACCAGCAAGGACUCAAAAUGAUGAUCAAUGUGAAGACAUCGAGAAAGACAAAGCUCCUGAUGAUGAUACCUAUCUGAUUUCAACAUGUUCAUUUUAUGAUCAUGCUUUACAUCUGUGGGAGUGGCAGAACAGUUAAUAAAGUUGCAGUUUUGAAAAUUU